AUGGGCCGGAGUUACGCGUGCGCGGAAAUAUCAAGAGACCACACCAGUACGCAGAAGUUUUUCAUGGAAGGGUGCCACUGGCCAGGCGAGGAGCGAUCUCCUAUCCGCUACGGUUUUGACUGGUGUUCUGAUGGGCACUGCGAAACUUCUUUCAAUGGCUCCAAUCACGCACCUCCUGCGUUAUUUCGCACAUCUUGCUUGUACCCUCACGAUGCCGGGGUUGCUUACCCGGAAAAUUCGUCCGACACAUGUCCUAUACAGGAUACAUCGAAGCGACAUUCAGACGGAGUAUUAGUUGAGGAUCGCCAAGGUAAGCGCGUUCGAGUGGUUUCCAAAGGUAAACUACAAGUUUCGGAAAAAGCGCUACGACGUUUUGUUUACCCACAUCACAACUGGCCUAUCUCCUCUGUAACAUGUCCCUGCGGCGUGGUCGGCGGGUACCCAAAGGUGCCAAUAUACUGUGGCACAGGGAACCAUGGACAUUAUCCCCUGAUGAGUCGUGUUGCCGAGAAAGCUUUUCCCUAUCCUCAGCUGAAAGGUGCGAACACCUGCCGAGUGCCAACAGCCUUCUCCGAUGCUUCGGGUUGUGCUCGUUUCUCCAACAUCCAUGGCAGUGGCAAGGAGAGCGUGGUUGUGUACCUCAACACCGAUCAAGAGAUUGUGGAUGUUCAUGGUUGGCGUUAUGUGGACACCUUGGGUGAAGGGUCUUAUGGGAAGGUGUACUUUGUUCGUAACGAGUUUACCGGUGAGGAGUCGGCUUUCAAGCGUAUGCUGCUGCAGAAGACCGGUGGCAUACCCCCAGCUAUACUGAGGGAGAUUCAUUCACUGAAGAUUCUAGACCAUGAGAAUGUGAUAAAGCUUAAUAAGGUGUACAUCGGCGACUGCCGGGUCUAUCUAAGCUUUCCCCGCAUCGUUGGUGGCAACUUGCGUCAGUUCUUGGAGAAACACUAUCCGAACGGCAUGCCCCCUGAGGAGGUUAAAGCGAUUACUAAACAAUUAAUAGAGGGGAUCGCACACAUUCAUUCGAAGCGUAUAAUCCACCGAGACAUCAAACCAGAGAACAUCCUAGUUCAAACUGAUACGCCACCUUUGAAUGCUGAUUCGCAAGACACGCCUAAAAAUGACGUCACCCCUGCGGAUCCCAGUAAUGGGUCUCAAGGUGAUGCAGGAUCAUCGCAGUGCGGCGGUUCAGGCGGUCACCCAACCAUCAAAAGUGUGAUGAUCACGGAUUUUGGCCUCUCCAGAACCCACAAGUCAGUUGAUCAGCCGUUGUUCCACAACGACGAUACAAAACUUAUGAACAGCCCUAUGUCCCCGGAAGUGGUUACGCUUUGCUACCGCCCACCUGAGCUUUUGCUUGGUGACUUCCACUAUUCGUUUGCGGUUGACAUCUGGUCUUUGGGUUGCGUCUUAUUUGAAUUGAUAACUGGCAAGCCUAUCUUCGAGGAGCGAACGGAGUUUGCUUUGCUCAUCGCGAUGUUUAAGAGGUUUGGCACCCCUACGGAGGAGGACUGGCCUGAUCUGACAUCUUUGCCUUUUAUGAAUCCGGUACUACCGAACAUGAGGUCAAAUAUGUCGCUUUCUGAGUGUGUUGGCAAGGUCGAUGGAGAAUGCAUGGAUUUGCUUGAGCGUAUGCUCUCUUUGAGUCCGCAAAAGCGCAUUGCAGCUCGUGAUGCUCUGCAACAUCCGUGGAUAGCAAAAUGCUGA